AUGCCUAUUAACUCCUUUCCUUCUGCUGUUAAAGAAAUCAUUUCUUUGAUUUCUUCAACAAGAUCCACUAACUCCCAACAACGUUUUGACAUAAAUGAAAAAGUAGGGCAAAUCCAAGCGAAAUUUUUCGACCAUAACAGCCCGCAAUGCGUUGUAGAGUCCGUUCUUGUACAUAAUAACUGUGGAUCAGAAUGUUGUUGUGCUCUCGUUUUAGAAGUUUGGACAUUCACACUCAGUUCUUCCACAGAGUUUGAGGUCCCUUCUCUCUUUGCUCCUUCAACUGAUCUGAAAAGCGCAAUCUCUUCCUUUCUUCCUCUGUCACAACUGAAUAUCUGGAUAAGUAAUGCAUCUAUCGAUCCUUGCAUAUUGUAUAGAAGGCAGCUCACAGGUCGACUCUCUAGUGUUUCUAAUUCAACAAAACACUCUUACGAAUUUCCCAUCUGUAAUCUGGGAGAUAGAGUUACUUUAUCUCUUAGAGUUGAUUAUCUAAAAUCUGAAGGAAUGCCGAAGUUGAGUCCGUACUGCUUCCUCGGACGCUCCACGUCAGCAGGUCCCAUAAGAAAGAGCAGUGUUCACAACCCUGACCUUUCUGUGUUGAAACACAAAGUUUUGAAACUGCCUGCUGAAGGACCUCCUCCCAAACAAGGAAAAUACGACGAAACAGUUAGCUCAAUCGAUCCUGUCGUGCACAGCUCGAAUAUGGUAGAAGAGCUUACGAACACAUUCAAAGAAUCUCUGGGGUACCGUGCUCGACAACGAACGAGAGUUAAUUCUCCAAAGUUACGGUUCCUUCAUCCUAGUCCCAUACCCGGUGCUGCUAGACAACGAAUUGGUAUGGCCGGUACGAGCUUGAGAAGAGCUUGUCCACAGAGUUUAUGUUUAUUAGGAAGUUUCGAAGAAAGUGCUUUAAAGGGUCGUUUAGAACCAGCUAAAGUUGUAGAAGGUUAUUCUUUAAAAUUAGUUGCUACUGGAACCUCUUGUUCUCCUUUAUCAGACUUGCCAGUGAAAGUUCUCAUUUUUGAUUUGAAUGAUACUAAGCCUGCUUUGGGUGUUUCCUCUUUAUCCAUGUAUGGACGGAAAGGCUGUUUAAUUCCAAAAUCUGGUACCAUUCAAGCUACUUUGAUUGAUCCCCGAGGUGUUGCUGUUGUGAUAUUCGACAUGGAAUAUGACGUCUCGGAUAUGCCACCUCUCACACAAACAUUCAUCCGAAAACGUUACACGUUACGGAAGGUGGAAGGGAUUGAAAGAGAGAAGAAAUUACUGCACUUACUUCAUCUGAGAUUGGCAACGGACAAGAGAGGUCGUCCUGCUUUGCACACAGAUAUCCGUUUUUUGUUCACUCAAAACAAUUACUUAGGUGGAGUAACACCUGAUUACCAAGGUGUUAUUUCCAUGAACAACAACUUGUAUAAACUUGACAAAGAAGUCGAAUCUCCAUGCGAACCGCGUUAUUCUUCAAGAAAAUAG